UUUGUAGCCCUGGAUUCCUAGAACUCACUCUGUAGACCAGGCUGGCCUCAAACUCAGAAAUGUACCUGCCUCUGCCUCCCAAGUGCUGGGAUUAAAGGCAUGCGCCACCACUGCCCACCUUUGACCAAAUUUCUUAAUGUCCUAAGCCUUUAAAUUUGUCGCCACCACCACCUUCCCAGAAUAGAUGUUGUCUCAUCCUUCCCUGCUCCACAGGUGUCCUAAGAGAAUCCUGAGAAUUGACAAGCUUGAGUAGGCCCGGCUCUGCCUGCAUGUUAGCUGCUAUGAGGGCUCCUGAUACAUUUCACGUGCUGCUCAGGCUUCUGACUCAGGCUGUAUGAACCACCAAAGAGCCUCAUAGUUUCUGCCUCCUGGAUUCCUGCUCUUUGUUGUUGUUGUGGUGGUGGUGGUGGUGGUGGUGUCUGGUUGUUUUUCCAGACAAGGUUUUUCUGUGUAGUCUUGGCUGUCCUAGAACUCACUCUGUAGCUCAUGCUGGCCUCUCAACUCCCAGAGAUCUGCCUGCCUCUGUCUCCCAUAGUUCUGGGAUUAAAGGUGUGUGCCACCACUGCCCAGCUUGGAUCCUGCUCUUGAAGGCUAGAAUGUUAAGAGAGAUCUGGGGACAGCUUGUGCAUUUGCAGAGAAAGGUGGGACCCCUGUAACCCUUGCAUCUCAUCCACGCCAGAGAAAAAGCCAGCAGACGGAGAAGCAGGAAGUAGCCAGCCAGAGGCUGAUUUCCAGAGAGCUGCUCUGACCCCACAGUGGUGUCAUCUCCUAGGAUAGGAUCUCAGCCCAUAGCAGAUGGCCAUCGGCUGCUGCAGCACCAGGCUGCAGAAGCAGGAUGUGGUUUUUGGUUUCUGUUUCUGUUUUGACUUGUGCUGUUGCUGUGGCUUGCCUUGGCCCCAGGAAAAAGGAAGUGCCUAUGGGUGGGAUUGAACUUUCCAGGCCAUAUGUCAUGGUGGUGCAAAUGGUGGACGGUGAUAUGGAGCAGGCUUCCUUAAGACUCUUUCAUCCAGGCGAUAGAGUCCUGGCGCACCAGGGAAGGAGCCAACAUGGGGACAGAGACACAUGAAAGCCAUCCUUCAGCCAGUCAAGAAUUAACUGAGCACUGGGGUGAAUGCUUAUCUACAUUGCUGAGAAUGGCGUCAAGGUCCAGUCUGAUACCAAGACGAGGUUAAAUUGGGACAGAGCUGCACAGUGAUCCUGAUGUCUGUUCCCAGCUACGCAGUCAAGACUGUGAUAACAGGAGGUCCCAGUUGUUACCAUGGCUUCUGCCGAGCCCCUGACAGCGCUGUCUCGUUGGUACCUAUAUGCUAUCCACGGCUACUUCUGCGAGGUGAUGUUUACAGCGGCCUGGGAGUUUGUGGUGAAUUUUAACUGGAAGUUCCCGGGGGUCACGAGCGUGUGGGCCCUCUUCAUCUAUGGCACCUCCAUCCUGAUCGUGGAGCGUAUGUACCUUCGUCUGCGUGGCCGCUGUCCUCUUCUGGUGCGCUGCGUCAUCUACACUCUCUGGACUUACCUGUGGGAAUUCACCACCGGCUUUAUCCUACGCCAGUUCAACGCCUGUCCCUGGGACUACUCCCAGUUCGACUUUGAUUUCAUGGGCCUCAUUACCCUGGAGUAUGCUGUGCCCUGGUUCUGCGGGGCCCUCAUCAUGGAGCAGUUUAUCAUCCGCAACACCCUCCGCCUGCGCUUUGACAAGGACGCAGAGCCUGGGGAGCCUGCCAGCCCACCAGCCCUGGCCAAUGGCCACGUCAAGACCGACUGAGUCAGAAGAUUAAUGUGAGGACCUGAAGUCUCUCAUAGGACCCCAUGAACAGAGAAAGAGAGAGACCAAGCUGAUGCAGUUACCCCUUGGUUCAGCACAAGCCCUGCCCCCAACUGGGUCUUAGCUCAGUAGGGCAAACAUAACCACACAUGGUGGGCAGUGGGAUGGUGUUGGGGAGUUGGGCAACAGAAGGACUUUGAGACUCAUCCGUGGCUCUCAACACAUCCUGGGGACUAGGAGCUGGGUGGUGAACAAUCGGACAUUGAUGGAUGACUUUGGAAGCAGCAGACCCGUCCUAGCUAAGGGACAUGAACUCUGGGGCCACGGGUGAGAGGCAAGGUCUGAGAAGGCCUUGGCUGCUGUUGGGGACCACCACCCCACCUGCCCCCAGGCUUCAGCUGGGCUUUGGCUGGUUCCAUUAGGCAAUAUUCAGGUGCUUGCUUGCAACCAAUACCUCCCCAGGGGCCUCUGAGCUGCAGCCUGAGAGAGACCAAGUAGCCAACUGGGCUGCUUGGUGGCACUGGUGGUGUGCAAAGGCUGGGAAGACUUCCUUUGGCUCCUCUCCUUCUCCCUCUCCCAGGGCCCCACGCUGCUCCCUUGGCCUUCUGGGGGCCCCUGUGGUGCUGGAUUCCCACCAACCUUGGGCUUUUGGAGGUUUCAAUCCCCGUGUGUUCGGUGGUGUUUCCCCUUUCUCUUAUGUUCAAGGUAUUUACCAUUAGCAGGCAGCCCUUUCCUCUGUGUCAGUCACCAUACCCUUCUCUGCUCCCAGCUCCCUAUAGAACACAGCAGUGGCCAGAGGCACAGCUCUGAAGUGGACCCCACCUGCCUUGCUGCAGCCUUCCCUCCACCUUCGUCUGAUGACUGGGGGGUGCCCUGUCUCCCUGGCCCAGGGAUAGUAGUCUGGUGCCCCUUCCCUGCAGAGGUCCUACUGAAAACGCAUAGUAUCCCUAUAAUGUACAGCGAGGCCCAGAGGUGUACAGUGGAUCCACAGCGGGGGGAAAAAAGGCAGAGUUCUAGGUCCCGUUUGCCCGUAUGGUUUAUUAUUUCAGCCAGUUAACCAGUAUGGCUUCCUGUGAGCUAGAGGAGACCCAGGGAGAACAAGACAGAUACAGAAGACCAUGGAAGGCUCUUUAGAGGCCCUUUCCUGGAAAAAGAACGAAUCUCACCAUAGCCUCAGCUCAGCAGUCAACCCUCAGGGCUGCUCUUCCUGCAACUCCCCCUGGCCAGCUGAUUCCAUGAGCUUGUUUCUCAAGCAGUGUUAACCCUGUCACACUCAUGGGCCUUGUCAGCUUGGUUAUUGUAACUUUAUCCCAUGAUGGGUCCAUUGCUGGCAGUGGACAGGUGAAAUCUAGGCCCCUUCUGAUUUUUGUCCCCCACUCCUUGAGAAGACGGGACCAUCAAAGAGAGUAGCAUCCCAUGAGGCCACCCUGGGACCCUCAAAGGUUGCAAUCAGCCCUUAUUUCUUAUAGAUCAUUUUCUUAAAUGACCAUACCACCUGUGUAUAGUCUCUGGAUCGUGCAGACAGCACCAAGCCAGGGCCAGCAGCAGGGCUGUCCUUGGCUGGGGCAAAGACUGGAGACAUAACCUUCUGUGGCAUCUUUUCCCAGAGUGUUCUCUGUCUAGGGUAGAAAGCCAAGUGUUUCCCUGGGUAGGCUUCUCAAAUCACCAAACACCAUUCUGUUGCGGGGGGACUUGUUAUAUAUACUUGUAACGCUUUGGGCAUUACAGGGAUUCAGGUUUCCAAUGGGAGUGGUUGCUUUCCAUCUACAGGUGGAGAAGAUUCCUUGUUUUCUCCAUUUCCAUAUUAUCUUAAUUAUCUGAAUCCUAACGCCUCUCCAGGCCACCUCACACCUGUCUUCACAACUGAGGUCUCCCAGCAUUAAGGCUCCAAUUCUCAACCAGAAAAGGCCAUUGGGUGGCCCCUAGGUCUCAGCGCUCCAGAUGUUGUCUUGUAGGCAUUCCCUAGUACCGUUUUUUCCUCAAAGCUCUAUUAAUCCCAUGUCAGGAGGGGUUCCCAGAGCAGAUCUGCAUGCCUGGCCAUACUGAGCAUUGUGAUCUGCUUUCCUAGGUCCCCUGUUGCUCCUAGGGCCCCUCAUAGGCAUAGAACCCCCAGCCAAGGGAAGCUACACCUUAAGGCCUGACCACAGACCUACAGGGUCAGAUCUCACGGAGUGUAGUUUAGAUUUCAGCUCUUGCUUAUUGGCUAUCUUCAGGGCUCCAACCCCUUAGUGCUUAGGGGCUCAAAGGUUGGGGGUAAUUAAGCCCUUCUGAGCAGUGGGGAGUCUGCUGGUUGUUUAUGGAGCUGCCCUCUGCUGUUCUGAGCCCAAGGUAGGAGUUUCAGAUAGUAAGUAUGCUGUCCUGCAUGGUUGAGUUGCUUUGGAUGUCUGCUAGGCUUCCAGUACCCUGUCCCCUCCUCAUGCUGGAGAGUCACAAUGGCCUGUGCUUAUUCACAGCAAUAAUAUAUAGGGAGCGUCUGUGAGUCCCCUUUGUCCUGCUCCAUCACUCUUCAUGGAUCUCCCAGGAGACUGCUGAGUGGGUCAGUUACGUGGAAAUCUAUUUAUGAAGCUCUGGGCUGUGCAAAGUCUUGUCGUAGGAGGCAGGUGAGCAGCCCAGCCCUGAAGUAUGAGGAAGGCCAUGGGAGUGCCUUCCACCCUGAAGCCACCCUUACCUGGAGGAGCUGUAGGCCCCAGCUUUGUAGCAGGGCCUAUGAAGUGGUUAGGACUGUCUUCCAACUGGACAGCUCUUGAGAAAGGUACAUGACCAGUUUGUAAGCCCGUUGCCUGCUAUGUCUCCGUUAGUCUGUCUCUCCCUUUUCAUAACUGUGCACAUAAAAUAUACUGGUGUUUGUGUUCCUGGA